AUGAAGUUCAUUUCUCUGUUCUACUUGGCGUUUAUAGCAAAGUUUUGUGGCGUAAAUUGUUUUUGUAGAGGAGAUAUUACAGAUGGUGAAGCACUUGACCUCUCUAGUCCAGACCCGUCAAAAGUAGGUGUAAAGGAAGAAGUUAAGGAUGGCAUAAAAUGGAAGGUCUUUACUCCCAAGAAGGACGUGAAGUUUACCUCAUUCAGUGAGGGAAGAGUAGAAGUAGGAAAUAUAAAGACUGAGUUUAAAAAGCUAAGAAUCUCAUUGGAUUCACCAACUCCCAUUGCAUAUGUAGAAUAUAAAGGUUGUGUAUCUAUAAAGUACUUUAAAAAGGUUAAUGGAGCCUGGGAGGAGACCACUUAUGAUUAUGUCAGCAGGAAAGUAAAUGAAAUCAAGAAUAAUAAAACAGAGAAAGCGAAUGAAGAAGCGGUAAAUGCAGAUGAUACUUUUGGCAAUCUGGAAGAUGGCAAAGAAUCUGAAGAGUAG